CGGGGUCCCCUGCGCCAGGGUUGCAGCGCUAUGAGUUCCUUCGGGGGACAGAUGGCGGAGUAUCCGACCAUCUCGAUAGACCGCUUUGACAGGGAGAACCUGAAGGCCCACGCAUACUUCCUGUCCCACUGCCACAAGGAUCACAUGAAAGGAUUAAGAGCCCCUACCUUGAAAAGAAGGUUGGAGUGCAGCUUGAAGGUUUAUUUGUACUGUUCACCUGUUACUAAGGAGUUAUUGUUAACCAGCCCAAAAUACAGAUUUUGGGAGAAACGAAUUGUAUCAAUUGAAAUCGAAACUCCUACCCAGAUAUCUUUAGUUGAUGAAGCAUCGGGGAAGAAGGAAGAGAUUGUUGUGACUCUCUUACCAGCUGGUCACUGCCCAGGAUCAGUUAUGUUUUUAUUUCAGGGCAAUAACGGAACUGUCUUGUACACAGGAGACUUCAGAUUGGGGAAAGGAGAAGCUGCCAGAAUGGAGCUUCUGCACUCUGGGGGCAGAGUAAAAGACAUCCAAAGUGUAUAUUUAGAUACUACUUUCUGCGAUCCAAGAUUUUAUCAAAUUCCAAGUCGGGGGGAGUGUUUGAGUGGAAUCUUAGAGCUGGUUCGAAGCUGGAUCACGCGGAGUCCGUACCAUGUCGUGUGGCUGAACUGCAAAGCAGCUUACGGCUAUGAAUAUUUGUUUACCAACCUGAGUGAAGAGUUUGGAGUCCAGGUUCAUGUGGAUAAGCUAGACAUGUUUAGAAACAUGCCUGACAUCCUUCACCAUCUCACGACGGACCGCAACACCCAGAUCCAUGCGUGUCGACACCCAAAGGCAGAGGAAUAUUUUCAGUGGAAUAGAUUACCUUGUGGAAUUAUUUCCAAAAACAGGAUUCCACUCCACACAAUCAGCAUUAAGCCAUCUACCAUGUGGUUUGGAGAAAGAACCAGAAAAACAGAUGUCAUAGUGAGGACUGGCGAGAGCUCGUACAGAGCGUGCUUCUCUUUCCACUCUUCCUACAGCGAGAUUAAAGAUUUCUUGAGCUACAUCUGUCCUGUGAAUGUGUAUCCAAACGUCAUUCCGGUAGGGACGACUAUGGAUAAAGUGAUAGAAAUCUUAAAGCCUUUAUGCCGAUCUUCCCAGAGAACUGAACUGAAGUAUAAACCACUGGGAAAAUUGAAGAGAGCUAGAACACUCCACCGAGACUCAGAGGAAGAAGAGGAUGAUCUCUUUGAUGAGCCUCUGCCAGCACCUCUAAGGCACAAGGUUCCACACCAGCAAACUGUUCACCCUGAGGUCUUUUCAGUGACUGCGAUGUCAGAAAACCAGCCUGAAAAACUGAGACAAAGCACAGGGUGCUACAAAGCAGAGGGUCUGCAAAACUCUCUUUUGGCAAACUUUUUAGAUUGUGAAGAAUCCAACAGUGAAAGUGAAGAAGAAUCAGAGAUCCCAGCUUCACUGCACGGAGAUCUGAGCCCUGAACCACUUCCCCAGCAAAAGGCUGCUGGGGAUGUGCCGCAGUGGGAGGUAUUCUUUAAAAGAACUGACGAAGUCACAGAUGAGAGUGUGGAAAACUGCCCUUCCUCUACAGAGGCAGGGGGAUCUCAGUCACCAAAGCUUUUUAGUGACUCUGAUGGAGAAUCUACCCACAUCUCUUCCCAGAAUUCAUCUCAGUCAACACACAUAACAGAACAAGGAAGUCAAGGCUGGGACAGUCAAUCUGAUACUGUUUUGUUAUCUUCCCAAGAGAAAAUUGGUGGGGAUGUUAGUUCCUUGAACAAAGUUGGCUGUAGACCUAGAAUCAAAGAGAAUAUUCCUGCGUCUCACAUGGAACAAAAUGUACUUUGCCCAAAAGAUACUGACUCUGAUUUGAAAAGUAGAGAUCAAGAUUUAACUGUAGUGUCUAGUGUUGGAGAACCAACUACUGUCAGUGGUAGAGAACAUACAUCUGAUGAAAAGAGUCUGCUGAAUCUUAGCACAAAUGUGGAUUCACAGAGCUCCUCUGAGUUUGAAAUUCCCUCAACUCCAGAAGCUGAGCUACCUAAACAAGAGCAUUUACAAUAUUUAUACGAGAAGUUGGCAACAGGUGAGAGUAUAGUAGUUGAAAAAAGAAGAUACUCACUGUUAGAUAUUUAAGAAUUAAAACACUUCAUCCUAGAGCAAUCACUAAAAAAUCUCUGCAAAAGAGAGAUUAUCUACUUAUCUAUUGAUAAUAGUCAAUAGAUAAAAUGGAAUACCUAAUGUUCAAAUAACCUAAAAGAAGGCAGUAAAAAGGAAACAGGAACAAAAAAUGGGGGAAAAAACCAGAAAGCAAAUAAGGUGGUAGAACUAAAUCCAAGCACAUCAAUAAUUACAUCAUUGAAAAUGGGCUAGACCAGGCGUCCUCAAACUGCGGCCCGUGGGCCACAUGAGGCGGUGUGAUUGUAUUUGUUCCCGUUUUGUUUUUUACUUCAAAAUAAGGUAUUGGCAGUGUGCAUAGGAAUUUAUUCAUAGUUUAUUUUUUUAAACUAUAGUCCGGCCCUCC